AUGGCUAUUUACACCGUUUCCAAGACCGCUCCGGUCAACAUUGCAACCCUCAAAUACUGGGGGAAAAGAGACAAAAAUUUGAAUUUGCCAACCAAUUCUUCAAUUUCGGUGACUUUGGCGCAAGAUGACCUACGCACGUUGACGUCCGUUGCAACGAGCGAAACGUUCUCUCAAGACCAAUUGUGGCUCAACGGCAAACUAGAGUCGCUUGAGAGCGAGAGAACUCAACAAUGUUUGCAAGAUCUGCGCAAUUUGCGUUCAAAACUUGAGGCAGGCGACUCCAGCUUGCCUCCAAUGUCCAAGUGGAAUCUUCACAUUGUAUCUGAAAACAACUUCCCUACAGCAGCAGGACUGGCGUCUUCUGCUGCUGGAUUCGCUGCCUUGGUUGCUGCUAUCGCAAAACUCUACGAAUUGCCCGAGUCGGCUUCAGAAAUUUCCAAGAUCGCCCGUAAAGGGUCCGGGUCUGCUUGCAGAUCGCUUUUUGGCGGUUAUGUGGCGUGGGAAAUGGGAUCUGAAGCUGAUGGGUCCGACUCCAAGGCCGUUGAAGUUGCUUCUCAGAGCCACUGGCCCGACAUGAAGGCUGCAAUCCUCGUUGUGAGCGCUGCCAAGAAGGACACGCCGUCCACGAGCGGAAUGCAACACACCGUGGCCACUUCCGACCUGUUCCAGGAGCGUAUCCGCAACGUUGUGCCCAAGAGAUUUGAGGAGAUGAAACAGGCGAUUCAAAGUCGGGACUUUGCGUCUUUUGCGGAACUCACCAUGCGUGACUCCAACUCCUUCCAUGCCACUUGCCUGGACUCAUACCCUCCCAUUUUUUACAUGAACGAUACCUCUCGCCAAAUCGUCAAGCUUUGUCACCAGAUCAAUGCUUUCUAUAAGGAGACGAUCGUCGCUUACACCUUCGAUGCUGGUCCCAAUGCCGUCCUAUACUACCUGGAACAGAACGAGACCAAAUUGAUGGCUUUCAUUUACCAAGCGUUUCAGAGGAACUCUGGCUGGGACUCCAAAUUCUCCGCAAAAGAUCUAGCUGCAUUUGAAGAGCAUUUCACUUUCAACGUUGCCCCAGAAAUGGCCUUUGACCUUGACCUGGACAUGCAUAAGAACGUUUCUCGAGUGAUUUUUACCCAGGUGGGCCCAGCUCCCCAAGACACCGCAGAAUGUUUGAUCGACACAACUACUGGCAAUCCCAAAUAA